GUAGAACUUUUCCGGACAAAGCAGAUAAUGAGUGAUGCAGAAGAACUAGCGAAUUACAAAUUGCAGCUGGAACAGGUAGAUGCUGCUUUGCUGGCUGAGCCAGACAAUGAGGAGUUGAAAAAACUCAAAAAUGAUUUAAAAGAAAUAAUUGCUUUACAAGAAGAAUUGACAAAAACUCAACAGAGUGCAGAUAUUCCUGAAACGCCGUCCACUACCACUACCAGUUCGAAGACAGAGAAGGAUUAUAGUUGGAAAGUUGGGGAUCGUUGUAUGGCGCUUUCUACUAAUGGACAAAAAUUUUUGGCUGUAAUUGAUGGAUUCAGUCAGGAUGCGGUUGCUGUUACUUUCAUCGGCAAGGGAUCAAAACAUAUGAUGAAGCCAAGCGAGUUAUCUCCAGUUACGGAUGGUGGAAAGCCUGUUUGGGAGAAGGCAAAACCUUUGCAUCAUCGUAAAAGUGAAUGGCAGAUUGAAAAGGAAAGAAGGCGCAACCGGGCACUGAAAAAAGAACAUCGUAGAAGAGAACUGGAAGAAGCUAAAGAAGAAGAAAAAAAUAAAUGGCUUUCUUUUAAUGCUAAAGCCAGUUCCCGUAGCAUGAAAGGUUUUAAACGGCCGACAGCAUCAGGUUCAGCGCCUGAUGGACCAGCAUGGGGUAUACAGUCGCAGACCAGUAUUUCUUCUCGGCGUGAUUUAGGAGCUUUUAAAUCUACACAGAGGGGCAAUAUGGAUUCCUUGUUUUAA